UGAAAGUUUAGGAAGCUAACACAAGACUUAGAGAAACUAAACAGAGGCAAAUAGGAAGCUAACAGGAGGAUCAGGUAGUUACACAAGCCUCAGCAUUCCACGGCAAGUUUCCUUCACUCUCAGCUUUCCUUUCCUUGUGUCAGCGGAUGCGAACAAUUGAGCUUUUCCUCGCGUGAGCCUGUCCUCUCUCACACACCCCGCCACACCUCCACGGCCUGCCUCCCUCUGCCCCUCUUCCCGCCGACCUCAGCCGCCAACAUACCCACGCCCUCUCACCCCACACUCCCGCGUGUCUCUCGGAUUCCUGCGCCUUCCGCAACACCCUGGCGCCCCUUCAGAGCGCUCAUUCUCUCUGGGAACAUCCGUAAUACUGAGUGUUAAAGAUAAGGGGUCGCUGGCCGUGACUGCAUGGGAACUGUGGGCUCAUCCUCGAGGGGGAAAGGCUGUGUAUAUAAGACAACGGCGCCCCUACCUCUCAGUCUCUCCAGCAGCCUCUUAGCGCCGAAAUGAAGCUCGUGGUCCUCCUCGCCGCCGUGGCCGUGGUGGUGGGUAGGCCCCAGCGCAGCCAGCCACGACAGAGUUACAGCAGGGGCCGCCAGCUGACUCAGCCCGCGCAGCAGGGCGUUCAGCAGGCCCAGGCCUUCCCCUCCUCGGACCCGAACUACCGCCCCAUCGCCAUCCUCAGCGACAACAGGCAGGACUACGGCGACGGGAACUUCAACUACGACUUCGAGACCGAGAACGGCAUCGGGGUGAACGCCGUGGGCACCCCGGGCUCGCGGGGACAGAGCAACAUCCAAGGCUUUUACAGGUUCCCCCUCCCUGACGGCACCAUGGUGGAAGUGACCUACGUGGCUGACGAGGAGGGUUUCCGCGCCCAGUCCCCGUUCAUCCCCACGCCGCCCCCGAUGCCGCAACACUCCCUCGACCAGAUCCGCAUCGGCGAGGAGCAGCGCGCCCAGGGCAUCACCUUUGACCAGCAGGGCUUCAGGCUCACCCGCUAACUGACCACAGACCCGAGCAAGGCUACACACUGGACUCCGCCACGGACUCCCUACAUCACUCUCGCUGCUCCUCCCGCCCACUAGUGUUAAGAUUUUGCAUACGAUGAAAAACAAAAAAAAGUUACUAGCUGUGCAUACAAGAAAAAGUGAACCGUUUGAUAGUUACAAAGGCACAGCGAUCGACGGAUAUUCGCACUGUUGUUUCAUGAACUAUCUCACGAAAAAAAAAAAAGGGGAGAAGUAUAAUCAGUCAUAAAAUAAAAUAGAUUCUCAACAAAACUCCAAGGAUUUUAUAUAAAAGAGUAUGGUACCUUCAGCAAUCACUUUCCCCUCAAAACAGAAAUUCGACCAUGAUAAUCUGUAGAGAGAUAGUGAAAAAAAAAACGUGAAAAAAAAACGUAAAAAAUUAUGAUCAUAGGCCGUGUGUGUGUGUGUGUGUGUGUGGGUCAGGAUGGUCAUGAUAGUUAAUAAUAAAAAAAUGGCAAUAAAAUCC